AUGCUCACGUGCACGAUGGUGUACUCGUUCCACGCCAGCGUUCAACUCGUGGCCAAAGCGUUCUGGGCCACCUUUGCGCUCGAGAAGGCGUUGCCACUCGAGUCGGGUGCGCUUCUGCCGCUGCCAGGCGUGGACGAGUUGACGUGCUACAUCAAGCUCUUUCUGCGCUUCCCAGGCAACUUUGAGUUGCAUGGCAACAUUGCUUGCAAGCGCUACGACGAGUCCGACACGCGUGUUGCGUUCACGACCAAGUCUGUUCUGGAAGAUGACGUGUACCCGUAUCCGCCUGAAGUCUACGUGCCCCAAGAAACGGGCUGGUGCACAUCGCACUGA